UCGUCUUUGAAAGGUCACUCGCUAUCACGACACAAAGCAAAAUAAACCUUAAGUACAAAAAACAACAAUUCAACUGCAAAUUAGAAUAUUCGUGAUUCUCUGUGGAUUUUAACGUCAAGGUUUCCUAUUCACGACUUUAAGAGAUAAAAUGUGGUAAAUCCUAGUUGGACGAACGUUUGAGGGCGAGUAGUGAAAAUAUUGGCAUAAAUGUGCUUUGAAACACAGCAAACGUGGGGUUAUAGAUUGUAAACGAGAGGCAAAAGUGCAGAAUAAAGUGAUAGAAACUACCCAAGUAAUCUUGAAGAAAAAGCCGGGCAUCAUAGAAAAGUAUUGAGAAAACACUAUGGCAUCGCUGUGGCCCUCUCCUUCGGGAAAAUGGACAAAAAUUAGUUUUUCCGACGAUCUUAAUUCUCGUGCGUAUCGCGAAGACGUCACGAAGUGCGUGUUGCAUAACGACAGUGAUGUAGACAGCGACGAAGACGACGCAUGGAUGUCGCAGCUCGAAAAAGACUACGACAGUUCCCGACGAUGCCGAAGGCGUCGGACAUGGACAAUUUACGAACGACGCGUUACGACAGCUUUAAGUGUGUUUGUAAUGACCACUGUUGCAUUGGCAUUUUUGAUUUUGUACAAAAGUCACCUCAGGCUACCUUUCUUCCACAAAGACGAUCCCGUCUGCCUAACUAGAGCCUGCGUUCAGGCAGCAAAUGAACUUUCAAAAUCUCUCAAUGAUCAAGUCAAUCCAUGCGAUGACUUUUACGAGUACGCUUGUGGGACAUGGGAACGAGACACAUCAAUCCCACCUGGUUCUUCUAAGUUUACAUCAUUUUAUCAAAUCUCCCAAAAGAACCAGCUGAUUUUGAAGAGGAUACUGGAUCGUGGAGGGUUGCAGGCUCACAGUAGUUCAGCAGUGAGGAACGUCGCUACAUAUUAUACUUCAUGUCUUGAUCAGAAGAUCAUCGAAUCUAGAGGAGCAAAACCACUGCAAGAUCUUAUCAAGCUCGUGGGCUCAUGGACAGUGACCAAUACCGCAUGGAAUCCCGAAGGAUGGAAUUUUGGCCAAGCGCUGACGCAGAUUCACAAACUGAAGAGCAUGCCGCUGUUUUAUAUGUUUGUUGGCCCGGAUGAUAAAGAUUCAUCUCGCAAUAUAAUACAGAUACAACAAGCAGGAAUAACGCUGGCUGACGAGGAGCAUUACGAGAAAAAAGACAGUGAAAAGUUGAUCGUAGGUUAUAAAGAUUUUAUGGUGAAGACGGCGAUGUUGCUUGGGGCCAACAACAAGGCAAAUGUCUUGAAGCAAAUGAAUGAAGUUUUACAGUUUGAGAGAAGUUUGGCGAAAAUUUAUGAACGGAAAGAAAAACUGAAGAACAGUGAAAAUAUUUACAAUAAAAUGACGAUAGCGGAUUUACAACAAAUGGCUCCAUCGAUCCCAUGGAUGGAUUAUAUGAACAACAUAUUCAACAGUCCGGUCACGUUUUCCGAACCCGUUGUUGUCUUCACACCGCAUUACCUUAGAAACAUGUCCGAAUUGGUCACAAAAACUGAAAGAAGGGUAUUAGCGAAUUAUAUGGUAUGGCAUUUGAUAAAGCCCUUGGUACAUUUACUGUCCCAGCCAUUCAGAGAAGCACACGAUGCAUUUGAAUUGAUCGAGAAAGGAUCACAGCUCUCUUCGCCAUCAAGUUCCGAGUGCGUAGCUAGGAGCGAGUCCUUGUUUGGUUUUGCCACCGGAAUGUUGUACGUUAAGGAAAGACACGGCAAAGAAGCCAAAGCUGAGGCUUCGGAAAUGAUCAAAACAAUUAAACAAGCAUUUGAACAAAGUAUCCCAAGAGCUGACUGGAUGGACGAUCGUACCAAGGAAAAGGCAUUAGAAAAAUUAAAUGCUGUUAUCGAAAUGAUUGGUUAUCCUUCUUGGAUCCAAGAUGUUGCAAAGCUUGACAAAUACUACUCAAAUCUGACAAUGAAAAAAGAUAUGCAUUUUGAAAAUUACUUGGAUGUUCGUAGAUUUUAUCAUGCAAAAAUGAUGAGUAAACGUUCUAAGUUGGUAGAACGAAACGAAUGGCAUCUCACACCGUCUGAAGUAAACGCGUAUUAUAAUACGCCCAGCAACUAUAUCGCAUUUCCACUUGGUAUACUACAGCGGCCGUUCUUUGAACCUCUCUGGCCCAAGUAUUUAAACUAUGGAGCAAUUGGAGUGAUUAUGGGCCACGAGUUAACCCAUGGAUUUGAUAGUCACGGCAGCAAGUUUGACAAAUAUGGAAAUCUCAAUAAUUGGUGGGGGAAUGGCUCCCUUGAUCGGUUUCAACAGCGAACAAAAUGCAUGGUAGAACAGUAUGGGAAUUUCACCUUGCACAAUAAACAGGUCGACGGAGGAAAAACUUUAGCAGAGAAUAUCGCAGAUGAUGGCGGACUCAAACUUGCCUUCCAGGCUUACAAACAUUGGUUAAGACGUCAUACGAAUGAACGAAAAUUACCAUCAUUUGAUCUGACGGCAGAACAAUUAUUCUUUGUCGCGUUUGCUCAGGUCUGGUGUUCUUCAAGCACUGAAAGCAAAGCUAACGAGUCGUUACUCACAGACGAUCAUAGUCCAGAGAGAAUAAGGGUAUUAGCUGCCAUUCAAAAUUCUCAAGACUUCGCAAAUGCGUUCAAAUGUCCUGGAGACAGUCCGAUGAAUCCCGUUCAUAAGUGUCAAGUUUGGUGACACAGAUUGAACGUUUCUGACGCCCGGUUAAUUUACACUGUCGACUGAAGUUCCUGUGUUCAUAGUUGAAAAUUUGCAUUGAUAAAUCCCAAGGAUUUGACGAUUUAAAUUUCCAACUGUGAUCACAGAAAAUUUGAUAGUGUAAACUGGGCCUAACUUUGCAAAAUGAAUCUUAGAAUUAUUGUAUCAUAAAUUUUGGCCUUUGGAACCAGACGUACGGUAUUUGUGUGAGAGGUAUAGAGAUGAAAAGUUUUUAAAAAUCAAGAAAAAUAAAAAUAAAGUAAUAUAAAAAUAAAAUAUA